GGGAGAGAUCGCGAGAGAUGAAUGGCGGGGAGGCGGAGCAGGAGAAGGGCGGCGGCGGUUCUUGCGACACUAAGGUGGGGGCAGAGGCGGUGAGCCUCGAGGAGCUGCGGAAGAGGAUGGCGGACUUCGCCAGGGAGAGGGACUGGGAGCAGUUCCACUCCCCCAGGAAUCUCCUCCUUGCCCUGGUAGGGGAGGUGGGGGAGCUGUCUGAGAUAUUCCAGUGGAAAGGAGAGGUGCCCAAGGGGCUUCCUGGCUGGGAUGAGGCAGAGAAGGAGCAUCUGGGAGAGGAGCUCGCUGAUGUGCUCCUAUACCUUGUCCGGCUAUCAGACAUGUGCGGCGUCGACCUUGGCAAGGCUGCGCUGCGCAAGAUGGAGAUCAACGCACGCAAGUACCCGGUUGACCAGUGCAAGGGUUCAUCCAAGAAACACACCUACUACAGCUCCGAUAGCAAUGCCCCUGCUAAUGAAAAUGUCACCACUCUCACCGGUAAUAACGAGCAUAACAACGGAGUCUAAGUCUCUAAAUGGUAGCUUGACU